AUGGGCAUCUUUGUCUUUGACCUCGUCCUCAACGCGCGCUUCGACUGGUCCAUUCUCUCGGGCCAGCGCCUGCGCAAGUGGCCCCAGCUUCUCUACUUUGGCACCAAGCUCGUCUUUCUGGUGUUCCUUGCCCUGGACACGAUGCUCUUCUGGCUCGAGACCGAGAUCGACUGCCAGGCCGCCCUCAUUGCCGUCGAGUGGUCCAUGGGCGCCGUCGUCAUCAUGUCGAGCUCCCUGCUGGCGUGCCGCACCGUCUGCGUCUUUUUCGGCACGGCCAAAAAGGUUGUUACUGCCCUUGUUCUCGUCUUUGGCGCCGGCCUGGUUGCUGCGUGGAUGCACGGCGUGCAGGACGUGUCGGCGGCCUGGUCCCCUGCGGCUGCGUCGCCCUGGAACACGGGCGCCUGCGGCCCGACGGCCAUCAAGCCGACCUACUAUGUGAAAUACCUCAUCACCAUCCUCUUCGACCUCUUUGUGCUCUCGGUGACGGUCAUGGGCAUCAUGCGCAUGAACUCGUCGUCGCGCAUCGGCGACGUGCUCAUCAAGCAGGGCGUCGUCUACUUUGUCCUCACGUUCAUCGUCAACUUUGUCAUCACCGUGCUCACCAUCCUCAAGCUGAGCCCCGCCAUGUCGCUCAUCGCCGCCAUGCCCCAGUCGCUCAUCUGCGUCGUCGCGUCCACGCGCCUCUACCGCGAGCUCGUCGAGGAGGCGCAGCCCCGCAACGUCAACUCGAGCUCCCACCCGUCGAGCUCGAGCCGCACGGGCACCAUGGCCAGCAAGUCGCUCAAGCCCUCGGCGACGGCCUCGCAGACGUCCGCGUCGACGAGCAGCGUCGACAAGAUGGAAAAGGGUGUCACCGUCCAGCAGACGCACGCCACCCACUCGUCGCCCAUGCCCGAGUACCUGCGCGGCCACCCCUUCAACAACCUCGCGACCGUGCCCUACGCCGAGGCGCCCGCCGACGACCCCGUCCAGGCUGCCUACCCGCGCCUUCUCGGCCGCACCUCCCCUGUGUGA